AGCACCGGAAAUGCAAGCCUCCGUUCUGUCUGUGGCGCGAUAGACCCAACGCUGUGUACAUAAAAACUUCUGCCUGGAAACAAAUCAAUAAAGAGUUUCCUUUCAUCUUCAUAUCUUAAGUUUGGGAUAUUUUGCCAAUCGACACUACAAACUCACGGGAAAUAUUGCUCAUCAGGUGGAAAAUGCCACGUAGACGACAGAGACAUAUGGUUGGAAGUGGGUCAGAUGGAACUGAAGACUCUGACUCCUCCGCUGAAAGAGAACAGACCAAUAGUUCAGAAAGCGACGGAAACCUUUCCAAGAGACAGCGCCUCACCAGAGCCUCUACUCGCCUUAGCCAAAGCUCUCAAGACACUCCAGACUUGAAGCGAGCUGCAGACCAUGAUGAAUCUCCACCGUUGACGCCCACAGGAAAUGCCCCCUCUUCUGAAUCGGAGCUGGACAUCUCCAGCCCCAACGCCUCACAUGAUGAGAGCCAGGCCAAAGAUCAGGCCAGCCGAGACUCGGAUAAAGACCUCUCCCAUCGACCCAAGCGCCGCCGCUGUCACGAGACAUACAACUUCAACAUGAAAUGCCCCACGCCAGGAUGCAAUUCACUCGGUCACCUCACAGGGAAACAUGAGCGCCAUUUUGCUGUGUCAGGUUGUCCUCUUUACCACAAUCUCUCUGCUGAUGAAUGCAAGGUGAAAGCUAUCAGCCGCGAGAAACAAGAGGAUGAGCUGAAGGGGCAGGAAGAAAACAACUCACGCCAUGCUACUCGCCACCAGACACCAACAUCCAAACAGAGCAAAUACAAGGAGCAGGUGGCUGAGAUGAGGAAGGGCCGAAACUCUGGCCUUCAGAAAGAGCAGAAAGAAAAACACAUGGAGCACCGGCAGACACACAGCAACACCAGAGAGCCUCUGCUGGAGAACAUCACCAGUGAAUAUGACCUGGAGCUCUUCAGAAAAGCCCAGGCCCGCGCAUCUGAAGAUCUGGAGAAGCUGCGUAUCCAGGGUCAGAUCACGGAGGGCAGCAACAUGAUAAAGACCAUCCUGUUCGGCCGCUACGAGCUGGACACCUGGUACCACUCCCCGUAUCCCGAGGAGUACGCACGCCUCGGCCGCCUCUACGUGUGCGAAUUCUGCCUCAAGUACAUGAAGAGCCAGACCAUUCUCAGGAGACACAUGGCUAAGUGUGUGUGGAAGCAUCCUCCAGGAGACGAGGUCUACAGAAAAGGAGGAAUAUCUGUGUUUGAAGUCGAUGGCAAAAAGAAUAAGAUCUACUGCCAGAACCUCUGUUUACUUGCCAAACUGUUCUUGGACCACAAAACGCUUUACUACGAUGUGGAGCCGUUUCUCUUCUACGUCAUGACCGAAGCCGACAACACCGGCUGCCAUCUGGUGGGAUACUUUUCCAAAGAGAAGAACUCAUUCCUGAACUACAACGUCUCCUGUAUCCUGACGAUGCCGCAGUACAUGAGGCAGGGCUUUGGAAAGAUGCUCAUCGACUUCAGCUACCUGCUGUCUAAAGUGGAGGAGAGGGUGGGCUCACCCGAGAGACCCCUGUCUGACCUGGGCCUCAUCAGUUACCGUAGUUACUGGAAGGAAGUGUUGCUCAGAUACAUGUACAACUUCCAGGGCAAAGAGAUCUCCAUCAAAGAGAUCAGUCAGGAGACGGCAGUGAAUCCGGUGGACAUUGUGAGCACGCUGCAGUCUCUCCAGAUGCUGAAGUAUUGGAAGGGAAAGCACUUGGUGUUGAAGCGACAGGACCUGAUAGAUGAGUGGAGAGCGAAGGAGAUCAAGCGAGGCAACAGCAACAAAACCAUCGACCCCAGCUCUCUGAAGUGGACCCCCCCCAAAGGGACAUGAGCACUAAAGACCCUCAGGCUACAGAAUGAACUCACCUCCAGCCUCACCAGCCACAAGUAGCCUCGACCUCCAAACUGUCAAUAAAGACCAUUGGUCAUCCUUUCACGUUACUUUUUUUUUUUUUUACUUUUUAACUUUUAGAUUUGAAGCACCCUACGUUCCAAAUUCAAUCAUCAACUAACUACAAAAGAGAAUGUCCUUUCCUGUUUCUUUUUACAACUGCGUACAUCUACUAAGCUUUGAAUGUUAAUGAUAAAUGAACCGGUGUGAUGUGUUUUUGCUUUUCUCAUGCAAAAAAAAUGUAUUUACCAGCGUUUACAGGCUGUUAUUUUUUUAUUUAAUUCAGGAAAUGUGCAUUUAAAGAUGGUUUCUGUUUGGGAUUAAUACAAUGAGUGUCGGCAUGAAUUGAAAACGUCAGCGGAGUGUGAGAUGUAUGGUGACACUUCUUUGGUUGGCGUAAAAUUGUAUAGAUCAUUAUAACGUACACUUAUUUCUUUUUAAAGCUCCAUCAAUACAAGAUGUGGACCCAUUCCUCCGAUGAACCUGCCAAAUAAUGGAAAACAUGAAUUAUACAUAUUUUUAAUUUGCUCAGAAUAAAAAGAAAAUGGCGCCACUGCAAGAAUGCACAUAGAAAUCAAACACAUCAGGUUUUUAUACGAUCAUACCUUGCUUGCGUGGUUUCUCUGAGACAUCGAAGGCUGUGGUUGUUGCAGGAAAUAUUCUUUUUGAAGACUCUGUAAUCAAACAUCUUCAUUUCAGUGGGACAGUAUUUGCCUUGUACUUUGAAUCAUAGCUGUUACAUGUGUAUUAGCAAUUUGAUAUUUUUAAUAUCAAUAAAGCUGCUUUGAUAUUUUGAAAUGAGCUACACUU